UCUCCCUGAUCUCUUCUCAAUCAUCUCUGCUGAAUAACAAAGACGAAGCUAAGUCAUCUCUGCCUGCGUAUCUCCGAAGAAAAAUCCAAUCUUUUCUAACCAAAUCUUAUCAUCACAAACCAAAAGAGAAAAAGAUAAUUACAGUAAAAAGGAAGAAUGUCGUCAACAACUACAGCAGCAGCAGGAGCAGCUACAACAAAUGGAAGACAAACAUAUUGGUGUCAUGAAUGUGAUAUGAGUGUAUCUCUCUUAUCAUCAUCUCAACCUCUUCUUUGUCCACAUUGCAAUGGCGAUUUCUUAGAAGAAAUGGAAACCCCGAUUAAUAACAAUUCAUCAUCAAACCCUAAUUUCCCAAAUUCUAAUAAUAAUAAUCCAUCUCUUCCUCUACUGCAUCCAUUUCCUAUCCUUUCACCUCCUCAAACCCUAACUACACCUACUACUGAUGACGAUACUAAUGAUUUCGAUUCAUUUCAAAUCCCAUCUCCGAUUCGUGUAUCCGAUGCUUACCUUCUUGAUCGUUUAAUUCAACACUUAGCUGAUCCUCAUGAUGGUAUUCCUGGAUUUCCAAUUCGUCAACAUCAUCAGACUUCAUCUCCAGCUUCUAAAGCAUCUGUUGAAUCAAUACCCACAGUUAAAAUCACUAGUUCAUUGUUGAAUUCUGAUUCAAUUUUAUGUGCUGUUUGUAAAGAUGAGUUCUUGGUUGAUGUCGAAGCUAAACAAUUACCUUGUAAUCACAUUUAUCAUUUUGAUUGUAUUUUGCCAUGGCUUGAACAGCAUAAUUCAUGUCCUGUGUGUAGGUUUUGUUUACCUACAGAUGAACCCGAGAGAAGAUCGACUCAUACUAGAACUAGGGUUAGAUUUGGGAAUUUGAUGGAUGAUAUCGACGAUGAUGCUGAUGAUCUGUUUGGUAUGGGAAAUACUUUGAGACACAUUGCUAGGAGACACAGAUUGGUUUUCCCAACGAGGUCCACUACUGGUGUGGAUUCUUCAUCCUCCCCAACUCAGAUGGCGCAAGCUGAGACUAGCGCAGCUGGACCUGCUAAUAGCGGUGAGACUGUAUCGAGUUGGCAUAUUGAAGGUGGAAGUAGAAUUGCUGGUAGUCGUGGUAGUCGGGGUGGAGGAAGUAAUGGUGGUGGAAGGCUGGACGAGGAUGGUGAUACUGUAAUGUCUGAAAUCAGGGGAGGUCUGCUGGAUUGAAACUUCUAAAGUUUUAUGUACAGUAGAUUCUAAACAAAGCAGCUUAUGGAAGAGGAUUCAGACUUCUAUACAGAGAGUUGAUGAGUCAGCUGUGUUUCAUACUUUCAAUUGUAAACUCUUGCAGUAAAUGUUGUUCAAUAGAUUAAAAUGUUGUAGAAAAAAAUGUAUUUUAGGGUGCCCAAAUAGGGUACAAAUCGGGAAAGAAAAAAGAAAGGGUACUGUUUACCUUAUCUUCUCCAUGCAGUGGCAAGAUUCUCAUCAUGCAGAGGACUUGCACAAUGGUUUUUCUCAGUAAAGAACUAUCAGACUAAGAGUUUGUUUUCACGUUUCAUCUUCGUAUUCUGUAUUCGUCCUUUGCUUAUGACAAUUGAACUUGGAGGCAGUGAUGGCCAAAGCUUGUAAAUAAUGCUUUUGGGUUUAUUAGAUGAACCGGCGAAUUGUAUGAUAGACAUGUAUAUGGAGAAUUUCCCAUUCUCUGAUGAAACAUUUGUUAGAAUUGCUGUUUUUGUCAA